UCGCAGACACCACAACAAUAACAACAAACAAAAACUUGCUUGACCGAUUACGACUGAAAUCUAGAUCUUUAUUCAUUAAAAUGGUGGACAUAAACUUGGAAUGUGUGCAUUUAAUAGAACCCCACGCUCAGGCCAAUCGAAACAGCAACAAAGAGCCGCAGCAAUUGAAAAAUUCCUAUCUCGAGGCAGUGCGCAUUCUUUUGGUGUUGCUGGAAAAUGUACUAACACAACCGUCGAAUGAAAAGUUUCGCACCAUACGACUGGAAAAUAAGACCAUUAAGGAGAAGCUAUUGUCUUUACCCGGCUGUGAUCAGUUGCUGGAAGCCAUAGGAUUUAAGCGGCAGGCGAAUUCCAAUUCUUACCUACUCCCCAGCGAAGUUUCAUUGCAACAAAUUCAAAAGUAUCGAGACGUGCUUAUUGAGAGGAGGGCAGCUUGGCUGAGUGGCAGCGCCAUGGCCAAUCUCAGCCCCAGUCCGGUGCCAGCUAUUUCCAAGACUGUCGCCGCUUCGCCUUUGUUUAUCCAGCCUUCAGUGCCCUACCGUCAACGUAUUAGCUUUCCUCGAGUUCUUAACACUCCCAACCGCUUUCUGCAAUCCCUGGAACUAUAUUCGGAUGCGGUGUUGCAGUACGAAGAUGAGUUACUUUUGGCCGCUGGUCGGAACCUGAUACCGGUAGAUGAACUCACCUGCAAGGCUAGCGAAAAGUUGAUAUCUAUGCAGGAAUUAAUUGCCACAGGCGAGUGUCAGGAGCGGGAACCAUGCAUAAGGGAUUUGCUGCUGGUGGAGUUGACCAAUUGGUUCAACACCGAGUUCUUUGAAUGGGUAAAUAACAUGCCCUGCCAAGUGUGCGGCAGUGAGGAGAGUAAACUACGGCGCACCGAAACUGAGGGAGAUGUACGCGUCGAGGUGACUGUUUGUUGUGGCCAACAGACUAAAUUCUAUCGCUAUAAUGACAUCUCGCAGCUGCUGGUCUCCCGGAAGGGACGCUGCGGCGAAUAUGCCAAUUGUUUUACAUUCCUGUGUCGCUGUCUGGACUACGAUGCCCGACUGGUGCACUCCCAUUUCGACCAUGUAUGGACGGAGGUGUAUUCAGAGACCCAAAUGCGCUGGCUGCAUGUGGAUCCCUCUGACAAUGUGGUGGACUCGCCGUUAAUGUAUCAACAUGGCUGGAAGCGCAGCAUUGACUAUGUGUUUGCUUACUCCCGCGACGAUGCGCAGGAUGUGACAUGGCGCUACACGAACAACCACCAGCAGAUACUGCAACAGCGUCGAUUGUGCACUGAAAAGGAGCUGAUCGAGACUCUUGCCAAGAUACGAGAGAAGCGUCAACAAUCUGUUAACUCGGAACGCAAAAAGUUCCUAAGUCAGCGUAAUAUGUGCGAGGUCAUUGCUAUGACCGUAGAACGCAAGCCAACUGAAGGCGAGCUAAAAGGCAGAAGCUCCGGCAGCCUGACCUGGCGUCAGUCGCGUGGCGAGCAUACAUUCUCGAACAUUUUUGUAUUUGAACCCAACCAAACGGAAGUCGACAAAUGUCAACUAAAUAUACGCUAUAGUUGCUCCAUGGAUGCAUAUGAACGCUACACCAAAGAGGGCGAUAAUGUUAAGGUGUUAAACACCUACAAGACUUGGCAGAGUGCUCAAUUUUCGUCAAAAAAUAUUAAUCGCAAAGUAGAACGGGAUUGGAAAAUGGCAUACUUGGCACGUCUGGAGGAUACCGAUAGUGCCGAAAUUACAUGGAAAUUUGAUCUCUCAAAGACUAAACUAAUAGUGAAAUCGUACAAAUUGACGUUCGAUACGAAAACCUUCGGAGAAGGCAAAAUCGAUGUGCAAAUCAAAAAUGCCAAUGGCCAAUUGUCUAAUCUAGAGAAUGCCAAAGAGUUUGAAAUUGUGGCCAAGUUAAGUGGCGGCAAGGGUGAUGUUGCCUGGCAGCAUACCCAACUCUUUAGACAGAGUCUAAACUCUCGAGAAUUUCCAUUUGACUUGCAAUUACAAUUGCAUUAAAUUCAAUUAAAUUCCAUAUAAUAUUUAUUGUAAAUACGUAAAAAACAACAGAAUUGGUAAAAAAAAAAAAAGGAAAUAAGUCAAUCCAACUGUGAACAAUCCACCUACAGUAGUAGUAGGUUAUUUUCAAUUAAAUAUGUACAAUAUACCUCAAGCAAAAAGAA